AGUGAAAUUAUUCGAAUAAACCACAGUGUGUACCGUUUUGUUUGUAAAUGCGCGUAUUUUCGUUUACAGAUGUCGUUUAGAGUGGUUCGUAGUUCGAAAUUCCGCCACGUUUAUGGGCAGGCCCUGAAAAGGGAACAGUGUUAUGAUAACAUCAGAGUGUCCAAGAGUUCGUGGGACUCUACGUUUUGUGCAGUGAACCCCAAGUUCCUGGCCAUCAUCGUCGAGUCGGCCGGUGGAGGAGCCUUCAUAGUCCUACCUCAUAAUAAGGUUGGACGCAUCCCCGCUGAUCAUCCCUUGGUGGGAGGACACAAGGGUCCCGUGCUCGACAUCGCAUGGUGUCCCCACAACGACAAUGUCAUAGCUAGCGGCUCUGAAGACUGUGUCGUGAAGGUGUGGCAGAUACCAGACGGAGGGCUCUCGCGGACGCUAACGGAGCCGGUGGUGGACCUGGUGUACCACCAGCGGCGGGUCGGGCUCGUGCUGUGGCACCCCACCGCGCAGAACGUCCUGCUAACAGCCGGCUCCGAUAACCAGAUAGCGAUAUGGAACGUUGGAACGGGAGAGGUGCUCAUCAGCCUGGACUGCCACCCGGACCUCAUAUACUCCGCCUGCUGGAACUGGACCGGCUCCAAGCUGCUCACUACCUGUCGCGACAAGAAGAUCAGAAUCAUCGACCCCCGUAAAGGCGAAGUGGAGUCGGAGGCGAUAGCGCACGAAGGCAGCAAGGCGUCUCGCGCGAUAUUCCUCAAACAUGGACUUGUUUUCACUACCGGGUUCAGCCGCAUGUCGGAGCGCCAGUACUCGCUGCGCACGCCGGACGCGCUCAGCGAGCCCAUCGUCACCGUGGAGAUCGACACCAGCAACGGCGUCAUGUUCCCGCUCUACGACCCCGACACCAACCUCAUCUACCUGUGCGGCAAGGGCGACUCCGUCAUCCGCUACUUCGAGGUGACUCCGGAGCCUCCAUUCGUUCACUAUAUCAACACCUUCCAGACUCCAGAUCCACAGAGAGGUAUCGGCAUGAUGCCAAAGCGAGGAUGCGACGUGGCAACGUGUGAAAUAGCGAAGUUCUACCGACUCAACAACUCUGGAUUAUGUCAGGUGAUCUCCAUGACGGUCCCGCGCAAGUCGGAGCUGUUCCAGGAGGACCUGUACCCCGACACGCUGAGCGACGAGGCCAGCCUCACGGCCGACGAGUGGCUGGCGGGCGAGGACGCCGAGCCCUGCACCAUGUCGCUCAAGGAGCGCGCGCUGCUUGUCCAGGGCGGGUACGUGGCCGGGCGCGCCACCACGCUCACCGUGACCAAGCGGAACGCGCUGGCCACGCCGCGAGACAAGGAGCGCGAGAAGGACAGGGAGCGCGAGCGCGAGCGAGACAGGGACAAGGACGAGCGCUCGCCGACGCCGCGCGACAGCCAGGCCGCCACGCCCGCCUCCGCCACGCCCCCGCCCGCCUUCACCGCCAUGGUCGAGAAGCAGUUAUCCGACUUAGUAGAAGAGAUCCGGAAGCUUAAGUCCGUGAUAGUGAAGCAGGAGAAUCGUAUCCGCGCCCUGGAGGCGACCGUGAAGGCGGGGCUGGCCCCUCCCGCCCCCUCUCCGCCCGCCCCUUCGCCACCAAACAACCACGACGAGGCAAUGGCGCCCGAUGAGGUCUGAACACCAUGGGUCAGCGGUACGUGAGAUAUGAUAUAGACCAAUUUUAUGCGACCUCUGUUUACUUCGAGACGAAUUGUUCACAGAUAAAUAGGAAUUAUUUUUGAUUAUUUAUUUUUUUUAAUUUUUGAAACUGAUAAUUUCUUUUCUGAUUCAAGAUUUGUGUCUAUAAUGUUAAUUGAAUUUUGUAUCAAGGGAAGAAAAGUAAAUUAUGAAUUAAAUUAAUCUCGUCGUCCUUAAUGAAAAUAAAAAUGUCUUACACAAUUUUCUGUCACUACAUGAAAACUUUAAAUUUACACUUUUAUAAAAAAAUAUUUACGAUUGAUUAGAAAUUAAAUUCUUGACAUAAUAAAGGAAGAGGGGAAGACGGUUUUUUUUUCUGAUUUAGCGAAAAAUUAAAAUUAUUUUCAAAUAAAUAUUGCUAACAUGUGCAUGCCACAUGCAAAAAAUAACAGAAUGUCAAUAAUAAUGUUCUAUAUAUAUAUUACUUGUAUUUAUAUAAAAUCGAUGAUAGUGCCUUAUUUAUAUAACCGAUGCAUACAAUGUAUUUUUUUAGGCUUAAAAAGUUAAAUGUUGCAAUAGGAUAUAUUUAUAAUCUAUUAUUAAUGUGCCACAGAUAAAAUUAAAAUUAAUAUAGUCUGUUAAUUAUCGCAUGUGGCAAUACAACGCACAAUGAUAAUAAAAUAUAUACAUUUAUAAGUCAAAUUGAAUAGAUAUUAUAAUGUCAAUUUAAUUUACGAGCAAUCUUUGAUAAACACAAUCUUUCAAAAAGUCUUUUUCUCAUGUUUAUUUAUUGUAAAUAUUAAGCGUAUAGUGAUAACAACAUUGUGCCUUAUCGACGCAGUUUUCGUCACAAAAUCAAAAAUUGGUGUACAAUUAAUGCAUUUAGUCAUUUUAUAAGAGGUUUUAUUCGAUCGAGGUCUAAAGUUAUUUAUUUUCUUUCAACGUACACUUGAGCAAACGUCUGGAUUUAAUAAAUGUUUACAUAUAUAACCUUUAUAAAUCAAUUCUAAAAAUUAAUCUUAUGAACUGUAAUCAUUUAUUUAGCUUUUAAAUAACGAAGCAAUACAUUAUUAUUAUUUAUUUUCCAUUUAUCUCUUAAUGUUUUACACGUGUGGGACAAGACGGCGAUAAUGAUACUAAAGGAUCUUUGUCAGUCAUCUUGUGUCAUGUUCGAACGUAAUGCUGAUUAGUACGAGAACCCAUCGCGAUACACCGAGCGAGUUCUUUUCUUUUAUAUAUUUAAGAUAUGAUUUCUCAUUAAAAGUUACUUGAACAUGUUAUUAAAGUCUCGACUUGGAACUCGCAGGGUGUAAACCAAGCUUUAGGUUAUGAAAAGGGGCGACAGGGGUGCGAAUAAGGGGAAUUUAAAUAAUAAUACAGCGUCAAUUGCGUCCCUGUUUUGGAGUCCAGUAACGGUGCUUAUAGAUGGAAGGUCGCUUUUGUAAUAAUUACUGACUCAGAGCAUUAUUUAUCUUUUCUAAUUAUCGUUUUAGUUUUAAGUUACUUCAUACUAACAUUCAUAAACUAUAUAUAGUGCUAUCUCGCUCACACUUAACGGUUAAAUAUAUCUAUCCCGCUUGUGUAUAGGGCCAACGUUGGUUCGAAUUUAGACUACAUUUUUUUAUAUCCUCGACUAUUUUAUAAUACAUUCAUAUCUCGCUUUAGAUUAUUACAUGAAUACAUAGUUAUGAUAUGGCAAUAUGGACUUAUUUUAAAGGCAUGCAACACUGGAUACCGUCGACAAAUUUGACAGUUGCGAUCAUAACUCGGUGUAUUUGACAGCUAGUCACGUCACAUGAAAUUGACAUUUGACAGAUUAAGUUAUGCUGUCUCGCUCUGGACAGCAAGUAUUAUAGUUUAAAUAAAUAGUAUUAUUAUUAAUGACGAUUACUUUUUUUUUUCUAAUUUUAAGAUGGCGUAAUUUUAGAUGUUCUAUUUUUAAGAUCAUGACAAGGCAGUGUAUGGUAUUAGAUUGUAUGAAAUGUUACCUUCGAGGACUUUGUGUAAAUUAUUUCUUGUAUUUUGUAUGUGAAGCUUCGUUUUAUAUAAAAUGUUUUUUGUUUUCUUUUUCUAACCGUUUAUUUGAACGCAGGAAUAACGAGCUAUUGUGUACUUAUUGUAAACGUUGUUCGCGACAAUAAUACAUUAUACCGUUUAGUGUACGAUUUUUCAGAUAUGGCAACGUUUAAAACAAUUUUUUGUUAAAAUAAAUAUAAAAACUAAAGUGCCAAAUUACAGUGAAUCAAUGCUCAAAUCGGUGAUUUUUUUUUAUUCGAAAGUUUUAAAUGUUGCCAGUUGAGAAAAAUAUUUUGUAAUGGAACAAGGCCUGACGCUUUUAUACUAAAUGAAAAAGACCAUUAUUCUUCAUAUACAGACGGAUGAAAUGUCUUGUAAAUAAAAAUCGUUUCAAUAAAAUAUAUGGUCGUUGUUGAAAAUAGUAAAAUAUUAGCGCACAAUAAAUGGAAACUGUAAAAAAUUAAUAAAUGAAAGAUAUUAAAAUGUCUAAAGCCUUCACUGUAAUUGAUAUUUAUUAUAAAUCCUCUAAUGGCUGAAAGUAUUUUAAAUAAAUGAUAAUAUACGUUAACAUAUAUAAUUUUUGUCUUCCUUUUCAAAUAGAUAACCAUACAAUGUUAACUCCUCAAAGAAUUUCAAUAUUGAACAGUAAUCCUCUUGUGUACUAAACAAUUUCUUACUAUUUGAAUUAUAUAAAUAAAUGUUACACGAACUGGUGCUAAAGCAAGUAUUUACAUGUCAUUUUAUUGACAGAUUAAAAACAUAUUUUUUACGUAAACUAGUAAUUUUAAGUAAAAAAUAAAAUAAAGACUAGUGUAAAAAAAUUGUUUUAAAAAAUAUUUUCGGUUAUUAUCUAUCUGUCAAUGAAAUACAGAGUAAAUACGACUUUUUAAUAUAAAAUAAGUAAUUUUAAUUAAAAAAAGGACCUGUAAAAAAUUUGUUGUAUUUAAAAUAAAAUAAAAACUAUUUUCGGUUUUAAUGUUCUUUCAGUUAAAUGAAGGUAAAGUAUUGACGCUUUCAAUUGGAGAAACUAUUAUAAUUCAAUUGUAAUAGGUGUUAAGUGCCUUGUCUUAAAUAAAUACUCAGAUCAAAUGUUGCAAUAAUGGAAGUUGAACAGAAAUAAAUGUCUAUUUUACUAUUUUCA